AUGAACCUGGGCCGCUACUUCCGCUGCGCAGAGAGUCUCUGCCGUGCAGAGAGUCUCUGCCUCGCCUCCGCUGUCGCUGCAUCGGGCGCCCGUCGGGAACCUCUGCUCUUCUUCCUCGCCGGUCAUCGUCGACGACUGCGAGCUCGCCCCUUCUCCGGCGACGGUUGCCCUCAACGUCUUCCGCCGCCUCAGGUCUGCGAGCGCUUUCCUCGCAUUGCUGCGGACGCCCGAGGCCCUUGCCGCAAGCGCGAUUUGGACGAGGUGGACCCGGACCCGUACGUGGUUUGGACCAAGAACAAGAUGGGCCGCACCCACACUCCUCGCCCUGACGUCCCCUCAGCCAGCGCCAACCCACAGGUUGUGGAGCGUGCCACCCCGCUGCAAGCCGAGACCGGGGAUGAAUUCAUUGAGAAGCUCACCUCCCAGGGCCGAAAGAACAAGGCGCCCACGCCCGAGGCCGGCUCAAGCGGUGUUCCCCCUGCCAAGCGCUCCCGAAUGGAGAUCGGCGGGAAGAAGGUCACCUCGAAGCACUACCGGAAGCGGGAGAUGCCGGUUGCUUCCGGGCCUGCGCUCAAGAUCUCCAAGAGUGCCACCGGCAUGAGGCCGGAGACCUCGGAGGACGCCACCAGGACCUCGACUCCUCCUCAGCCAAGUAACACAAGUACGGGGCGCGCGGCCCCUGAACCUUCAGACCACCGCGCGGAGGAGAACCUUGCCUCCCCUCCAGAAGCCCAAGACACCGGCGCUAGCAACACCGGUGCCGGCAGUGAAGAUGUCGGGCAGGCGGAACCUCAAGUUCCUCCUGUCCCGAAGAAGAAGAAGAAGACUCCUGCUUCCUCCCCCUCCAUGUCCGUGCCGGAUUCUUCCGAGCCGGCAAGCUGUGCCCCGGCAAAGGAAGCUCCUGAAGCUCCUGCGCCAACAAAGAUUGCACCAACUCCUCCUCCGGCAACUUCAGCCGGCAAGCCAGCACCCGCCAAGCCAACACCGCCAGAGGGCGGCAAGCUCAGCGCCCAGCAACUUGCUGCGAUGGUGAACGCGGCCACCCCUCCUUCCUCCGGCUCGCAGACACUAGCUCUGCACGCUGGCCGCGCCGCCGUUGCUGCCGGGGAGACGGCCUCAACCCAAGUAGGCCGGAUCACCGAGCUCCACCGCGGAGGAGCUGACCUGGGCCAUUUGCUUGAUUACGCUGUAAAGUGGAAUCAUGCAGAUCUGUCGCCAGUGACGCGCGGCCUCGGCAAGGACAAGCUGCCGGCGAUUGACCCCGCUGGGCCUCGGAGCACCGGGCAACAUUUUGGCCAGCUGCGGUGCGCGGUCAAAGAAUUUGACAAUGCGUGGCACGAUGCCAACGCCAAUGUGGUGGUAAGCUCUCUUCCGGAAGCCUCCUUCGAGGACCUCACCGCCCAGCUCUCUGCGCUCAAAGCUGAAAAGGAGCAGCUCAUCUCUGAGCACCGCCAAGCGCUGGACACCCAGGAGACCAUCAACGCCACGCUGAAGGAUCAGCUCAUGCAAGCUGAACUCCGGCACGCGCGGGAGCUCAAGGAGGCCCAAGACGCAGCGGAGGCUAAGCUGGAUGAAUCCUCGAAGGAGUUGGCGGGCACCGGAUGCCUUCCACAGCCUCCGUGGCGACUCGCCCACAGGUACGGAUCCAGUCUGCACCGCCAAGCGCCAGGACCACGCCUACCGGUAGCGGAGUUCGCCCAUGUGCGCACCUUCAUCCCUCCUCCUCCCGACAUCAAGGACGCAAUUUCUGACAACGAGGGAGAAGACAUCGAGGACGAGGAGGAUGAGGAAGCCAGUGAAGGCGACACCCAUCCGGAAGAAGGCGAUGCUCCUCCGGAAGCUCCUGAGGCCGGCCUGCAGCCCCCCGUUGCCUGA